AUGUGGUCGCGGUUCAAGAAACUAAUGGCCGUAAUUAAUGAAAAUGGAGCUGAAAAAGAGAAUAUUAAUAAAGAAAACGUACAACCUGAUGCGCCUACAUCUGCCACUUCGGAAAUCAUAGCUACCUCUACAACGAGAGUGAUACCAAGUUCAACUUACAUAAUGACAGAACCAGAACCUACAAAUACUCUAAGUCAAAAUAAAGAGGAAGAAAGAUACAGAGAAAUGAAGAAUACUGGAAAAGAAACAUCGCUAAAAGAUUACGAAUUAGUAGAAAAGAAUACCAGACAAGCAAAAGAAGAAGAACUUUAUCAGAACGUGAUUUGA